UCUCCAUGGUGGGGCCUCGGAGCCCAGGUGAGAAGAAAAAUGCUGCUAUGAAGACAUAAUUAUAUCUCUCAUAUAAAUGAAGCUACUACUGUCAUGAUUUUAGUGCUGCAGAAAGGAUGAACUUCAGUGGACAAGAGGGCAUUUUGAGGGGUAGUAGGAUGCUUGAGGCCUGGAAUUUAAAUUUGAGCUACUUCCUGAAGCUCUUAAAUAAUAGAAGAAAAUGGAAUUGAAUAUGAUGUCAGCAUGGAACAGUCUAAUGAUUCAUUAAUAGUCAUCCAUAAUGAUUCCGAAGAUUCAAAAACAGAUUCUCAGCAUUCAACCUGUAUCGACUCCAGGGAUCCUUCCUUUGGACAAAAUAAUUCUGAUAGAGUUUUACCCGUCACUACUCAUGAAGCAGAUAAUUCACUCACAUCACAGAAUAUACCAGGGCCCCUGACUCAGGGACAGACUCUUUCUGCAGAGCAAUUUCACCUAGUGGACCAAAAUGGGCAACCUAUUCAAUAUGAACUUCAGUCAUUGGAGGAUUCUAAUGCACAAAUGAUGAUUGUUACCAGCUCAUCAGAAAAUGGACAGAUGCUUCGUGUAAUUCCAUCUACCCAGACAGGAAUGACACAAGUGAUUAUACCUCAGGGGCAACUUGUGGAUAUGAAUAGUCCUCAGGAUGCCUCUGAAGAGAAACCCAGCAACAGAAACUUACCAACUGCAAGACUGGAUGCUCUCGCUGACCAUAACAGUAGUUAUAUUCUGAAAAUUGGAGAUUCAUACCGGGGCUACUGUGUAAGUGAGACUGAAUUAGAAAGUGUUUUAACAUUUCACAAGCAGCAAACACAGUGUUUGGGGGACUCGCCAAUCUCCAAGCCCAGCCAAGCCAGCUACACGUUUGAUGUGGAAAUCCCACCAACAGGGGGAGAAGCAGGGCUGGGUCCCAGGGGCCCCCUGACCCGGACCUCUCGCCCCACCACAGUGCACCUGUGGCGCUUCUCCGGCGGCUACCCCGCCCUCAUGGACUGCAUGAACAAGCUCAAAAACAACGAGUACCUGGAGUUCUGGAAGGAGCGCAGCCAGAUGCUGCUGUCCAGGAGGAACCAGAUGCUUCUGGAGUUCAGCUUCUGGAACGAGCCGCAGCCCCGAGCAGGUCCCAACAUCUAUGAGCUGAGGACAUACAAGCUCAAGCCAGGAGCCAUGAUUGAGUGGGGCAACAACUGGGCUCGGGCCAUCAAGUACCAACAAGAGAACCAGGAGGCGGUGGGCGGCUUCUUCUCACAGAUAGGAGAGCUCUACGUGGUGCACCAUCUCUCCUACAAAGACCUGCAGUCUCGGGAAGAGACUAGAAAUGCUGCUUGGAGGAAGAGGGGUUGGGAUGAAAAUGUCUACUACACAGUGCCCCUGGUGCGACACAUGGAGUCUCGGAUCAUGAUCCCUUUGAAGAUCUCGCCUCUCCAGUGAUGCUGCCGCCGCCGCCUCACUGCCCUUCUCCCUUGGGGCAGCCACGGACAGAGGGGCUCCCCGUCCAGCUGUCUUGGUUUUCUCUCUGAUCUGGAAGGACUCUGGGGGCUAGUGCUCAGCUCAGACAACGGGGAGCUGAGGAUGACAGAGUCCUGAGGACUUUGCAGCUCGGCCCACCCUGCCCAUCCCUGCCCCUGUGCUGGAAGCAGUUUUUAAUUUCUUUGAAUGAAGAACAGCAACCUUUUAUGUCUUCUCACAUUCCCCCCCCCCCCC